AGGCCUGCAAGUAUUUAUACGCGUACUACAAUACCCACUACUCCACCUUUGACAGAACAUCUGACGUAAACGCUUCUGACAGUGUAGAAACGUGUGUAUUAAGUCCUUUCUGUCGUUGCGAGUACAGAUCAGAGAAAAGACUGUGUUUGGUAGCAUCUUAUGGACCACAGAGUGGUAGGCAACCAAUGUCUCCGCCCCGGUUCACCAGCGGCCUGCGCUCCUUCUCUACUGUCAGCAAGCAGGAAGACUUCUCUGAAGAAGUAUAUGAUCUGAAGACCAAGCGUCUGAAGAGGCAGGAGCUGUUCUCCAGAGAGGGCCUGACAUGGCAGAAGAUAGUCCAGUUCUUCACUCAGCACCUGGAGAAGGCAGAGCAGCAGGCUGCAGCACAGGAGCUGAAGAGCAUCCUAAAGGCUGCCAAGCAGAUAGGUGGCGGAGUUUGUUUGUUCCCAGAGCUCCUGUCGCUCCCCUCAGCGUGGCUCGGCCUUCGGACGCAACAUCACCUUCUCCUAUGACUGUUACACCCUGGACCCCCAGGAGGCCCUGCCCUGGGCGGGGGGCCCUGAGGACGAGACCCCUGGUGGAGGCCUGGACUUCCAAAGCUUCCUCAACAACCAUCAAGGCCUCUGGGGUAAUGGGGGAGAGGCGGAUGGAGGCAGGCUAAGCCCGGGAGGGGCUCAGAGCUCUGGGGAUGGGACCAAACCUGAGGGGGAGGUUGAGAAGUUCCUGAACGGAGGCAACAUGAUCUCCUCCAGCCCUGAGGAACUGUGCACCUCCCUGUUUGAGAUGCUGGCCUCCACCAAGAGUGACGACGAGCUGCAGAACGAGCUAUUUGAGCUGCUGGGCCCAGAGGGAUUUGGGAUGAUCUCUGUUCUCCCCCAGCGAAGGUCUUCCAUCAUGAAUUCUCUCCUUUCGAUCCCUGCAGACAGGAUCAACUACCCACCAGGUGAGUCAGACCCCACCCCCUGCACCAGAGGCAUCCAGGUCAUCUCCAUAGAAACUAGAGAUCCACCACACUCUCUGAGAGCAGCGGGGUAGAGCAUUGUUGAGAAAUUAAACUGUAGAUAAUUGGUUUGAAAUUCAAAGUCUACCUACCUAGACAAAUCUACUGACUCCAACAUUCAUCAUUGAAAAAAAAUUAAACGAUGAAAUAAAUAACUAUUUUGCCUGUCACUACCCCUCAUUUGGAGGACAGCUUUUAAUAUUAGGCCUUUUUAAUUUAGAUGUUCAAUACUUAUUUACCCACAACCUUCAUCAAAGUCAGGGUUUUCAAGGGAAGGAGAAGGUGUGGUCUGAAGUAUAGGAGGAGGAGAG